GUAUCGGCCCUGCACAAUGCUCCGCCAAAGUCUUCGAAGGGGCUGGACUUCGCCAAAGAGACACGCAUCUGCUGCGGCCAAAGCAGGACUGCUGCGGCUUCUGCAAGACGCAAGAACAGCUCGCCUGCCGCCGGACGGUUUUUCGUUUCAGGCAGGCGUGGCCUCACGGUGGCAGUGACUCGGGGGCAAGAAGAUGAGGGCAAAUCGCAGUUCGUCGACUCGGCAGCUGUUGCAUGCAAGCAAGCCAGUAGCCAGGCUAAAACCUAA